AUGGAUUCUGCUGCUGCAUCAAAGAUUACACGCGGUGCUCUUGACGCCAUCUUCAACGAUCCCGAAAAUGUCGCCACCAGGUUUCCCGUGCCUGUUCUACAGUGCCUUCAGAUCAAGCCUCUCGCAGGACAGCAAGGGGCGGCCGACCGUUUCCGAAUUGUUCUGAGCGACAUCAACAACUAUGUCCAAUCCAUGAUGGCGACCCAGGUCAACCACGUGAUUCACGAUGGGCAACUCGUCAAGAACUGCCUUGUUCGCGUCACCCAGUACCAACCCAACUCUGUGAAGGGCAAAAACAUCCUCAUUAUCCUCGGUCUCGAGGUCAUUCCAGAACUUGGCACACCUGAGAAAAUUGGUGACCCCUUGGCCUUCGAACCCCUCCCUGAGGGCGCAGCCCCCAACGCGGGAAACACAGGCAAUGCGCCGAUCCAAGGCCAAAACUUUUAUGGAGCAAAGAAGGAGGAAGAGAAAGAGAAGCCAAGAAUCUCGCAGAUUCCUAGUCGCAGUGUUGCCGGUACAAGCCACGGCAGCAGCAACAUAUACCCCAUCGAGGCACUGUCUCCCUACGCGCACAAAUGGACUAUCAAGGCCCGCGUUACCCAAAAGUCAGAUAUCCGGACGUGGCACAAGCCAAGCGGAGAAGGCAAGCUCUUCUCGGUCAACCUGCUUGACGAGAGCGGCGAAAUUAAGGCGACAGGCUUCAACGAGCAGUGUGAUCAAUAUUACGACCUGCUGCAAGAGGGCUCCGUCUACUAUAUCUCGAACCCCUGUAAGGUCGGCAUGGCCAAGAAGCAGUUUACCAACCUUCCCAACGACUACGAGCUCACUUUUGAGCGAGAUACGGUGAUUGAGAAGGCCGAAGAUCAAACCAACGUCCCGCAGGUUCGCUACAACUUCUGCAACAUCCAGGAGUUGCAGAGUGUCGAGAAGGAUGCGACGGUUGACGUUGUCGGUGUACUCAAAGAUGUUGGCGAAGUCUCGCAGAUCGUGUCCAAGUCUACAGGCAAACCAUACGAGAAGCGUGAACUAACACUCGUUGACGACAGCAACUUCUCUGUUCGCAUCACUAUCUGGGGCAAGUCUGCCCAAGGCUUUGACGCAAGCCCGGAAUCGGUCGUCGCCUUCAAGGGUGUCAAGGUUUCCGACUUUGGCGGUCGCAGUCUGAGUCUCUUGUCGUCGGGCACCAUGUCCGUCGACCCUGAUAUUCCUGAUGCUCACCGCCUGAAGGGCUGGUACGACUCGUCUGGUCGUAAUGAUGCCUUCGCAACGCACAACAGCAUGGGCUCCGGUUUGGGUGCUGCCACUGGGCGCCCCGACGAAGACAAGGUUGUUGUGCAGGUCAAGGACGAGCAGCUCGGCAUGGGCGAAAAGCAGGACUUUUUCAACCUCAAAGCAACCAUUGUCUAUAUUAAGCAGGAUACCUUUGCGUACCCUGCUUGCCGCAACGAAGGCUGCAACAAAAAGGUUGUUGACAUGAAUGACGGCACAUGGCGCUGCGACAAGUGUGACGUCUCUCACGACAGGCCCGAGUAUCGCUACAUCAUGUCUGUGAACGUAUGCGAUCACACAUCACAGCUGUGGCUUAGCUGUUUCGACGAAGUUGGCCGCUCUAUCAUGGGCAUGUCUGCGGAUCAGCUCAUGGAACUCAAGGAGGGCGGCGACGAAGCAACGCUCGCCAACGCUUUCGAGGCAGCCAAUUGCAAGAAGCUCGCGUUCCGCUGCAGUGCCAAGAUGGACACUUUCGGCGAGUCCCAGAGAAUUCGAUACCAGGCUCGUAGUGCCGCGCCGGUUGAAUACAAGUCGGAAGGCAACAAGCUUGCGGAACUGAUCAAGCAGUACAGCAUCAGUUCGUGA